AUGCAGCGACUCGAUCCAUAUAAAACAACCGGCGAUAUGAGUCAAGAAGCAAGCGAGGAUGGGCUGCUCUUACGAAGAUGUAGGGAUAGGCUUGCAACACACAUUGAAGUAGAAAGAAGAACUGGUGUCAAGGUAGAACCCGCCGAAGUUAGUUUGACGACAAAGCAGAGUCAUGCUUACACUUGGACUUAUACGGCGGAAGUAGCCCAUUUGUUUUCCAAAGAUCUCGACGACCACGGAAUCGAAGCAUACCAAAGGCUUUGUAUAGAAGUGGGAAGAAGCUUCCAUGCCGUGUCAUUCACCAAGAGCGACUUGGCAGGCAGUCAACUGCGCUCAGGAAGCCCACCACCAUUCUGCGUACCAACAUUCAACGUAGAUGCAAUGGAGUCUGGUGAUGUAACUGAGCGCGUAACUCUGCUGAGCCACCAGCUCUCCAUGAUGGAGACGAGUACAGCCUACGACGCAAUCACCCGGAUGCAAUUGCAGGAAAAUAUCUCCACCUUGGAAUACGAAAACGAACGUCUCGCGCAAGAAGCCAGACAGCAGCGGGAGGACGCCGUAUAUCACCGGGAUUUCGUUUACAGGCUCUUAGAAGCCACAGAUCAGCUGAACUUGACUAUCGGGGAUAUUCACCAGGAUUACAUUAGAACAGUCAACGUUAGUAUGUUUCCGAAAGAUGAUAUUGCAUCGCGCUAG